CAUUUUCCGGAUUGCUUCAUUUUAUUUGGUAGCUUUGAGAAAGCAACGCACACUACCGACGAGCAAGACACGAACUGGCCACCUAGAACCGUUUUGUGGAAUUUAUGGUGAAUUUUCCAUAUUGACAUUACCAUUUGGAUGGACUACUGUUUGGAUUUUUCUACGAUUAUACUUGCCUUGGCAUUCGAGAUGGGCUAUUUGACGUCACUGUUACAAAUCGUUGCUGCGGUCCAGUUGAGCCUUUUACCUGCACAGAGUUCUUCCUUAGUAAACAUAAACAGCACUGCUAAAGUAAUUCUGUUUCAAGAGGUUUGGGGGAAAAGCUUCUGCCGCACUAUAGAGAACUUAGUGGAAGUGGUUCAGGAGUACCCUGGAGAGGUGGAGCAUAUUUUCAGCCCCGCCUGCGUGCCAUUGGUCCGCUGCGCUGGUUGCUGUGGAGAUGAGAAUCUGGAGUGUCACCCUACGCUCACUUCUAACACCACCAUGCAAUUGUUAAAGAUCAAGCCAGCAGAGCAGGGCCAGGAAUAUGUGGAGAUGACCUUUGUGGAGCACAAAGCCUGUGAAUGUAGACUAAGAAAACCUACAACAAAACAAGACAGAUGGAAACCCAGAAACAGAGGGAGAAAAAGGAAGGAGAAAAAGAGAGUGAAAGAUUGUGACAAGUGUCAGCCUCCCCGUAGGUAAACGCUGUCUCGCCGUGAUGCCAGCCAAUCGUGUG